CUUUUAAUCACCUAGCUUGAGUACUAAUCAAGAAAUUGAUAUUACAUAGCAUUAUCAACCAAUCCAAAGUUUUGAGGAAAAUGGCAUCUCAACAAAACCGACAAGAGCUUGAUGAGAAAGCAAGGCAAGGAGAGACUGUUGUUCCUGGUGGUACUGGAGGCAAAAGCCUUGAGGCUCAAGAACAUCUUGCUGAAGGGAGGAGCAAGGGAGGGCAGGCAAGGAAAGAACAACUUGGGAAAGAAGGGUAUCAGGAGAUGGGCCGUAAAGGUGGAUUGAGCACUAUGGACAAAUCAGGUGAAGAGCGUGCUGAAGAGGAAGGUAUUGACAUUGAUGAAUCCAAGUUCAAAACUGGUAGUGGUAGGAACCAGAACAAGUGAUCUUGCAUGUGUGUUAACUCUUAUGCUAGCUAUACUAAAAUGUUUGUCAAAAUAUGGUUUAGGUUGUGUUUGUUGUGUGUUUUAGUUGUAAUAAUUAGCUAGCAUAGUGACAAGGACAAGUCUAAUCAUAGGUAUCUUUAGGUGAAAUGAAGGUAUAUAUGAAUCUAGGAGGUUCUUCCUUCAUUUUCAAGUAAUAUGUUUUGUAUAUGUAAUGUCGAUGUCUAAUGUUAGAAUGUUUUUUUAUCUUAAAAACGUUACGGUGA